UUCGGCUGUGGCGCUUCCCUUACCUUCAACCCUUCAAUCUCCGUUUUGGGGCUGCAUUUCAAACGCAGAAUAGGCUUAGUGUGUGGAAUCACGGCAGCCGGUGUUUCAGUUUUUGCGUUCAUUUGGCCGCCGGUGCUCGCAGCCCUGAUUCCGUCCGUCAGAUUGGACUGGACGCUUCGGGUCAUCGCCCUUUUAAUGAGCAUCAUAAUUGCAGCUUCCUUCGCCUACACGGCUUGUUUAAUUUUUUUUCAUGCAUCAUAUUUUAUUAUUAAAAAAAUAUAGGUCCCAAAAGGAGCACAAGUUACUAGAAAUGAUGACAAAAAAUUGAAACUUGAAGCUUUUCUUAAUGUGAAAAUUUGGAAGAAUAAAAAGUUUGUCAUUUGGACGGUUGGAGUUCCGUGUGCCUUGUUUGGAUACUUUGUCCCUUUUGUCCAUUUGGUAAAAUUUGUGUCAAUUUACUUCCCGGCAGAGGACGGAAAAACCUUAGUAAUGUGCAUUGGCGUCGCUUCGACUGUAGGACGGGUGGCGUUUGGACUUCUUUCUGACCACGAGAAAGUCAACAGAGUUUUGCUCCAGCAAAUUUCACUUUUUUCGAUUGGAGUUUUCACGAUGCUGCUGGUGGCAGCAAAUGCUUGGGUUUACAUGAUUUUGCUGUGCCUGGGCAUUGGUCUAGCUGAUGGAUGCUUCUUUAGUCUGCUCGGCCCAAUCGCAUUUGACCUAUGUGGCCCCGAAGGUGCCGCACAAGCAAUUGGGUUUGUGAACGCACUAAGCGCCAUUUCCGUCACUUUAGGCCCAACCAUUGCUGGAAAACUGUUCGACCACUUCAAUUCCUACACUGUUCCGUUCCUAUCGGCAGGGGCGCCUUUGAUUCUGGGUGCUUUGGGGCUUUUUGCAAUUAUGUGUGUUAAAAAUUGACUUCUGUCUUACAUUUUUAAAUAACAAUCAUUACAUAAAUAAUUAUCAAAUUUUUAUGGUAGGCAUUGCUUUAGAAAUUGAAAUUGAAAUAAACAGUUCUGAUUUAAUCAUAAAAUUCAUCAACACUGGCGUGAAGGUAUAUUGGCCACCAUCUAUGUUUAUGAGUUAAAAAAAAAAUGAAAGAAACCGCAGCUCUACCUCUGGUAG